UCCUUUUCGUGCGGCCGUGUCACCGCGUGGUUUCGCUGCCGCGUUUCUUUGAAGAAACAAAUUAAAAUGGCUAUCAGACCAGUAUACAGGCCGACGAUCGUCAAAAAAAGGACGAAAAGAUUUAUCCGCCACCAGUCGGAUCGCUAUGACAAACUCAAACGCAACUGGCGCAAGCCCAGAGGUAUUGACAAUAGGGUGCGGAGACGUUUCAAGGGCCAGUAUCUGAUGCCGAGCAUUGGUUACGGCUCCAACAAGAAAACGCGUCACAUGCUGCCCAAUGGUUUCCGUAAGGUCUUGGUCCACAAUGUCCGCGAGCUAGAGAUCCUAAUGAUGCAGAACAGGAAGUACUGCGCAGAGAUCGCCCACGGCGUCUCCUCGAAAAAACGCAAGACCAUCGUGGAGCGCGCUCAGCAGCUCAGCAUCAGGGUCACCAACGCCGCCGCUCGCCUGCGCAGCCAGGAGAACGAAUAAACUUUAAAUAAAUAAGUUAAAAAAAGAAA